GUUAAUAAAUCCAUUGUCCCCCACGAUAUCGCUUAUCGCCCUCCUGCACCGACUCCACCGGCAAUGGACUGCUUUAUACACGCCCUGCCCAAAUGUGAGCACCACGUUCACCUCGAAGGAACUCUUUCACCAGCGCAUCGUUUGCUUUGCGCUCAGCGUAACAACAUCGCUCUUCCAAACAAUAUCAGUUCCCUGUCUGUCCUCGAGAAGGAACUCUAUCCUGCUGAUUACGACUACGAGGAAGGCCAGGAUGGCAGUGACUACCUGCGCGAAUUUCUGGCAAACUACUACGGUGCUAUGGAGGUCUUGAUUACGCCUGAAGACUUUAGAGGUAUGGCGGCGGAGUACAUCGAGCGCGCGAGAAAGAUGAACGUGCGGUACGCCGAGGUCUUCUUUGACCCACAGGCACACACGUCCCGCGGUGUUCCCUUGGAGACAGUGAUGCAGGGCCUCCUGCAAGCACGCGAGGAUGAAAAGAAGCUGCAUGAGGGAAAACCGGAUUAUGUGCGCAUCGAGUACAUCCUCUGCUUCCUGCGGGACAUGUCCGCCGAUUCCGCGAUCGAGACAUGGAAGGCAGCUGUAAAUGGUGGAUACCUGAAAGACAUCAUCGGCGUCGGUCUCGAUUCAGACGAGGACGGCCAUCCGCCGCAGAAGUUUGACGAGGUCUUUGAGGCCGCUCGUAAGGCAGGAUUGAAGAUCACAGCCCACUGCGACGUUGACCAGCCCGGCUGCCAUGCAAACAUCGCGUACGUCGCUACGAAACUCGGAGGUCCUCGCAACCACGAUGGUCCCACUGAGUUGUUUUUGACACCGAAAUAUGACGCUGGCGCAGAUAGAAUCGAUCAUGGUCUAAACUGCGCCGAUAAUCCGGAGCUAUUGGAGUUGAUAAAGAAGUCAAACCUCGGACUCACACUCUGCCCAAUGGGUUACUCAAAGCACCUCGGUCCGGAAUCAGUGUUCCGAAAGCUAGAGCUCAUAAAGCAGACCGGGAUUCCGUUCUGCCUGAACAGUGAUGACCCAGCGUAUAUGUGCAGAUAUAAGGAGAAAGUCGUGAUUGAUGUACAAGGCAAGACUGGCUGGACGAUGGAGGAAAUCGCCGCAUGCGAGAUCAACGCAAUUCACAUGUCAUGGACGAAGGACCUAGAGUUUAAGAAGGACUUCGUGGCGGAAGUGGAGAGAGUGCUGAAAGAGUUUAGCAAGUAGUAGAACAGACUGUAUGUAA